CAUCGACCAGCGACGGAAGUUCUGCAGACUCCCACAAUGGCAGAAUCCGAAUCGAAGAAGGUGAUCAAGCUGGUCCCGGAGUAUCUCCUGAAGAAGAGGAAAGCGUACCAGGCCAUCAAAGCCACCCAGGCCAAGCUCGCCCUGCUCGAGAAGAGGAAGGUAUCUAAAGGCAAAGCGUUAAAAUUCAAACGUCUGGAGGAUUUUCUGAAGGACGGCCACAGGAAGCACCGUGAUGACAGCCGCAUCAGCAGAGUGGAGCGCCGCCCAGCAGCCCCGCUGCCCCCCGCCAAGAACAAGCUGGCCUUCGCCGUCCGCAUCAGAGAGAUUAAGGGCGUCAGCCUCCAGGUCAGGAAGGUGAUCCAGAUGUUGAGGCUGAGGAAGAUCUUCAGCGGCUCCUUCGUCAAAGUCUGCAAGACCUCGGUGGCCAUGUUGAAGGUGGUGGAGCCGUACGUGGCCUGGGGAUUCCCCAACCUGAAGUCGGUUCGAGAGCUGGUCCUGAAGAGGGGGCAGACCCGGGUGGGCCGCAGGAGAGUUCCUCUCACGGACAACGCCUUCAUCGAGCAGCACAUGGGGAAACACGGCAUCAUCUGCCUGGAGGACCUGAUCCACGAGGUCUACUCGGUCGGGAAGAGUUUCCGCGCCGCCAACAACUUCCUGUUGCCGUUCAGGCUGUCGGUGGCGCGCCACGCCGCCAGGGACAAGGCCGGGCUGCUGAAGGACCUGGGGAAGCCCGGCUUCAGGGGGGCGGACAUCAACAGCAUCGUCAGGCAGCUGAACUGAGAGCCGACGGCGCUGAUGGAGCUCCUUAUCGCUCAGUCCGCCGCCGCCGCCUCCUCUGGGAGGGGGACCAACCAGAUGAAGAGACUCCUGCAGGCUGGUCGGGUGGCUCCGCCUCCACCCUCCACCCCGGCAGUCUGUAAACUCACUGACUCCGUCAGUACUCUGUACAUACUCCGUUCCACUGUGGGAAUAAAUAAGAC